GAGUUAUGUGAAGUUCAUGAAAGAUGUUAUUGAAAAGGGUGAAGCAGAGGAGGUCCAUGACAAAGGAAAUGAAGGAGAAAGGUGGUACAUUCCCCACCAUGGAGUUUAUCACUCCAAAAAACCUAAUAAGCUCCGUGUAGUUUUUGAUUGUUCAGCUAAGUAUGGGGGAACUAGUCUAAAUGAACACCUCCUGUCAGGACCAGAUUUAACAAAUAAUCUGCUUGGUGUACUCAUCAGAUUCCGACAACAUCCGGUUGCCUUGAUGUGUGACAUUGAGAGGAUGUUUCAUCAGUUCCUCGUAUAUGAGUCUGACAGAGAUUACUUGCGCUUCUUGUGGUGGAAAGAUGAAAACCUAAGUGGAGAGCCACAGGAGUUCCGCAUGAAAGUUCAUCUCUUCGGUGCCGCAUCUUCACCUGGCACAACUAUGGCCUCAAGCACCUUGCCAAGGAGAAUGAAGGCCUAUUUCCACUAGGCUCUCAGUUCAUUAUGAGAGACUUUUAUGUUGAUGAUGGUGUCACAAGCGUAGCAAGUGUGACUGAGGCCAUUCAGCUUGCAGAACAAGCUCAGAAACUCUGUGCUAUUGGUGGUUUGAGAUUACACAAGUUUGUGUGUAAUGACAAAUUAGUGCUGGAGAGCAUUCCACCUGCUCAGCAUGCUACUGAAGGGAAGACAUUGGACCUCACCCUUGGCAACACAAAUCUAGAGAGAGCUUUAGGGAUCCACUGGCACAUUGAAUCUGACAGUUUCAGAUUUCGAAUCGACUUGAAAGAUCAGCCAGAUACACGACGAGGAAUGUUAUCCACAGUUGCCUCGCUUUAUGACCCCCUGGGACUCGUUGCUCCAUUCCUGCUCACCGGAAAAAAAAUGCUUCAGGAAAUGUGCAAGCAUGGUACAGGAUGGGACGACCCUCUGACUGAUGAAUUAAAACCAGCAUGGAGAAAAUGGAAGGAUGAUUUGCAAAAUUUAGAGAAAAUUAUCAUCCCACGUUGUUAUGUGCCAGCUGAUUUUGGAAAUGUGCUGCAAAGAGAGAUACAUCACUUCAGCGAUGCAAGCACAUCUGGCUAUGGUCAGUGCUCAUACCUAAGACAAGUGAAUGAGAAUGGAAGUGUUCACUGCACCUUGAUUAUGGCAAAAUCCAGAGUGGCACCUAUCAAGGUCAUAACCAUUCCCAGAUUGGAACUGACUGCUGCGGUGGUGUCAGUUGUGACAAGUGAUGUCCUGAAAGAAGAGCUCGGGUUUGCUGGGAUCCACGAAUACUUCUGGACUGAUUCCAAAGUGGUUUUGGGAUAUAUCAAUAAUGAGUCUCGUCGCUUCCACACGUUUGUGUCCAACAGGAUUCAAAAAAUCCAUCUCAGCUCAAACUCACAACAAUGGAGAUAUGUUCCCAGCGACAAAACCCGGCUGACCUUGCCUCAAGAGGUGCAUGUGCUAGUGAACUUCUCACAUCAAAGUGGUUUACUGGUCCUGACUUCCUGUGGGAGAAGACAAUACCUCCAGCUUUAGAGGUCAUAACAGAAAUUUCACUCGGAGACCCAGAAGUCAAAAGAGCUCAGACACUGAACGUACAGACCAAAGAGGAUCUGAAUCUAUCACAACGCCUGAUAAAGUUUUCUUCAUGGUACAAGACCAUUCAAGCCGUUGCACGUCUUCUUCGCCGUGUCAGAGGAGACAAAUCAGCCAGUCACAGCACUGUACAGGAACGAGAAGAUGCUCAAUGUGUCAUUUUAAAGGACUUACAGAGACAAGUGUACACAGAGGAGAUAAGGUUGCUUAGCAAAGGCACACAGCUUCCAUCCCGGAGUAAACUGUAUCGGAUGGAUGUCUUCCUGGACAGAGAUGGGAUCCUCAAGGUGGGAGGAAGAUUGAAAAAUGCUUCUAUGCCUGCCUCACAGAAACACCCAGUAAUUAUACCAAGGGAUCACCACAUCACCAAAAUGAUUAUUGCUCACUCUCAUGAGCAGGUCCAACAUCAGGGAAAGGGAUUCACCAUAAACCAGAUCAGAGCAAAUGGAUACUGGAUGCCUGGCAUUAACAGAGCUGUUGCGGCAUAUGUGCAUCAAUGUGUUAAAUGCAGAAGACUCAGAGGAUCUGCUGAAGAGCAAAGAAUGGCAGACUUGCCAGCAGAACGUGGGACCCAUCCCCACCUUUCACUUAUUGUGGAAUGGACUGCUUCGGCCCCUUCUUUUCAAAACAAGGUCGCAAAAUGCACAAGCGGUACGGCCUGCUUUUUACAUGUCUCUGCUGCCGAGCCAUCCAUAUUGAAAUGUUGGAUGAUAUGUCAUCAGACUCCUUCAUUAACGGCCUCCGCUGCUUCAUUGCAGUUAGAGGAGCAGUACGCCAAAUAAAAUGUGAUCAGGGGACCAAUUUUGUGGGGGCUAAGAAUGAACUAAAGGAUGCAUUAAAGCAAAUGGACACAAAUCUUGUGACUACAUUUCUUGCUGAAAAGCAGUGUGACUUUAUCAUGAAUGUUCCUCAUUCAAGCCACGUCGGAGGGGUAUGGGAGAGACAAAUCAGAACGGUGAGAAAUGUUCUUCGCUCCACUCUCUCUCUCUCAUCAGGCAGAAUGGACGAUGCUUCACUCCGCACAUUUCUUUAUGAAGCAAUGGCUAUUGUGAAUAGCCGUCCCCUCACAGUUGACAACCUGUAUGACCCAAAUAGUCCUGAACCACUGACUCCCAAUCAUCUCCUGACUAUGAAACCUGUUGGAGCCUUGCCACCCCCUGGCAAAUUCAUCAAAGAGGACAUGUAUGCACGUAAGAGGUGGCGUCAUGUUCAGUAUCUGGCAGAGCAAUUUUGGAGUCGCUGGAGAAGAGAAUAUCUCUCCAACAUUUCCACCAGACAAUGCUGGCAUGCUCCAAGGAGAAACCUGAAGGUUGGCGACAUCGUCUUGGAAAGGUUGGAGGAUCUACCUCGCAAUGAAUGGAGAUUAGCUAAAGUUAUUGAGACAACUACUGAUGCGGAUGGACUUGUGAGGAAAGUAAAGAUUAAGUUUGGUUAUCAGAAGAUGGAGAAGAAUGGACAGCACUCUGGCAAAGUAUCCAUCAUGGAGCGCCCUGUUCAGAAGCUGAUUCUGCUUGUAGAAGCUGUUUAACUUCACACCCAUAUCCUUUUUAUGUUAUUUUAUGUAUGGACAUUUACACAGAUUUGCUGGUCUGAAUAAUUGACAGCAUACAAGUGUGUAGACUUUGAGUGAAGGCCAUUUUAAGUUUAGAAAUCAUUUGUGCUUAAUUUCAUUCCAUUUAAUCACUUCAGAUUUGGUGGGGAGUGUAAAUGACCUUUAGUAAUGACCAAGUUGAACAAGUUUUCUAAUCUUUAUAAGUCCUAUAUACUGUUACAAGGAAGCUGUUUUAUUUUGAAAUUCGUGCUUUUAUUUUGAAGUAAAUAGUACCGUGGAAACGGAAAUACAUGGGAGAAAAACGAGGGAAAGUACGGAGCAAACUAUGCAAACGGCAAAACAUAAAAGUUAUAUUUAGCUCCUGGCUGACAGCAGGCACAAGCUCUUACGGUGUGUUCACGUUGUUCAUGGCUUAUUAUGAAGAUUCUCUUCAAUAAAAUUGUGAAACAUCAGUGC